ACCAAUGUCACGCUAGUUUUUUUCUCUCGCGACAAGCCGGGACAAGCAUGCUUUCCUCGUUGGGGUUAUUCCACGAGGAAAAUCAAUAAUGGACUAUGCCACGUAAUGUGAGCGCUCCAACAAGUUGCAGGGCGAUUAUCGCAUAGAAUCGUUCGAGUACUAUUUCUUAGAAUUCGCCAAGCGAUAGUUUAUACGAUUCUCGUAACAGGGGGUGACAGAUAUACGCCAUUGAGUUCUGAAAAUCCGAGAAUAAUACACGACAACUGUGACAUAUGCGCUCCCCUUCAGUGUUUGCCUGAAUAUCACUCAGCGGAAUGAAUAUUUGUUAAUUACCGCGAUAUUGUUAACUGCGACAUGUGUUUCAUACCUAUGGGCAUUUCAGUCUUCACGUUGAUCCUUUCACAUUUGGCGAGCUGUGAAGCACAAAAGAAUUAAUGCGAACGUUUGUUUGUGUUUCAGAUUAAUUGAGAGAGGACGAGCUCCUAUAUUUCUAAAUGUGUUGAAUCAUGGAAGAUAGCGGUAUUGACAGUGAUCCUAAAGCUGUUAGUCACGUCGAGGAUGAGAGACUUUUCUUGGGCAGCGACAGCAGCUGUAGCAGCAACCACACGCAGGUUUCUCAACGGAACACAACGAAACAGUUGCAAAAGAAACUCGAGACACGCAUCGAACAGGCAAAGCGAAUCCAGCGCAACUCGGAUUACAUAAAGCUUCCAAAGUAUGACAAUGAAAAUGCGAGCAGCACCAGUUCCACCGGGCUGAUAUCAAUUCAACGAUUGCCUAUACCACAUAAAAACAAGGAGCAUCUUCCUCUAGUCGAAUACUGGCACAGCGAAAGUGAAAGUGAGGACGAGAUGACUAUCUUUCCGGCGAAGUCGAAGGAUUCCUCAAAGCACAAACAAGAUCUCACAGACACGUUCAGCAUCGGGGAAUUAAGCGACGAAAGCGAGGACUCUUUGAAUCUGGACCCGGCGCAACCACCACACCCCUUCAUGCGAACUUACGUACCUACUGGGUGUUUCGCUUGCCAUUGCCAUAUAUUAUAAUGUAAUAUAGCUUACACACUGGACUGAUCGCGUAUAAAUUGAUUAUUAUUUAAGUGUUAGUUUCAUUGAAAACAUAUUUACAUCUUUAAAACACAUUACAUAUCACACUUUUACCAAGUUGUGUUCUCUUCAAGUUUAUUUUGAGUUACGAAAUUAAUUUAUUGUAUCAUAUCGAAUCGUACAUUGUUUACAGAGAAUAUGCUUAAAUGAUUAAAAUUAUUUUAUUAAACUGUCGCCUAUUCAGUU